AUGCAGCUUGGCUCUGGCUUCAAUUCAUUCACUCAAACUUUGUGUAUCAACAAUGCGGUGGUGCGCGAGACCGAGACCCUCCCGGGUCCCUCACCCGCAGAAACCGGCCAGAGCGCCGAUCUGGCGGAAAAGAAGCAUAUUUCUCAAUCCGUGACCUAUAAGACAAGCAUUAUUAGGAAAACCACGGAUGUCACGAACAUGAUGAAUAUUAAUGGUGCAUUUACCAUCUUGAACGAUCAAUUGAAAGUCGAAGGUAGUGGCAAGUUUAUCGACACCAACAUAAUAAAGGACAGUGAUUUCAGUGUCAUGGUCUCAGUCAAGGUAGUUAACCAAGUUAUCUACGACCACUCCCUUACAAAAUUCCAACCCAUCCCCAAUAUCAAAGAUAUGACACAAAGGCACUUGGUGGAGAUCUACGGAGACUCAUUUAUCUCAGGUUGGCAAGAAGGAGGGGAAUUCCUAGCUGUGUUGAGUAUCAAGGCAAAGGAACGUGGUGACGGCCAGGAAAUUGCUGCCCAAGCUAAGAUCGCUUUCACUCGCGGCAAAGGUGAAGUAGACGAGUCAGAUCCGAAGAAAUUAAAGAUCAAACUCGAUGCCAAGUUCGAAAAGUUGAAGGACAGCCUUAUCAAUGAAAAUGAAGUUUCGGUGUCUGUGGCAUGGACGGGUGGUGGCCAAAACCUCAAGCAUCCUGAAAAGGAUUGGGACUUCAACACCAUGCGAGACGUUGCCUUGAAGUUCCCUGAUCUAUGUGCCAAAACGCCAAUGCGUACUCAUGCACUACUCACCAAAUACACGGCUCUACGAAGUUUCUACACCACACAGUUGUCUUUCGACUUACCUGUGUAUGAUAAGACGGGAACAUACACUAAUAUUCUUGAGGAAGCAUAUCUUGACUACAAGGCAAUUCUUGGCACUAUCCAAGUUCUUGCAUAUGGCGUCUGUGAGGGGAAAAAAGCCCUUGUGGUGAAUCCUCGCUCAGCAUCAGCGGUUGAGCAAACCAAAACCAUCAUUGAAAAGACUCGCAAUCAGAAUUCCGAAAAGUCCACUGCUGAGGCUCCGCCAACUACUGAUGCUGCGCCACACAAGGAAAGCACUGCUAACUCCACAACUUCUGUUGUCAAAGCCUCUGCAAAGGUGAUAAAUUCUCCGCCCCUCCUAGUUACGGAUCCCUUCCCCGUGACCAUCGCGGGUCUUGAGGAAGCGCGCCUCAUGUGUCGUUAUAUGAUGAAUCGCAUCGUCCAAGAGAUCAACAAUAUUACUAUCAAGCCAGAGAUUGCCAACGACGAGAGCAGGCCGCUCCCCUUCCAAAGCCCUUUCUUGUUCAAGUUACUUCUACCUAUUGCUGUAGAUGUUGAGCUCAAGUCUACCUACGCUGAUCAAGCCGUUGCGGCGUCCACGAUUGACCCUGACGUUUUAGCUAGCAAGUUUACAAGUGUGGCGCAAUAG